AUGGUCGUCAAAGAAGAACCAUUACGAUCUUAUGAUGAUCCGACUGCAGGCUCAUUCAUUCGCGAUAUUCUGGAUGGAUAUUUUCCAUCUGAAUUGCAACAAGAAUAUCCUGAUGGAGUACCUUUCAUAAUAGAAGAUCGCAGAACGGAAUUAUAUGUAGGCGACACCGCUAGUUUUCCUGGUCAAGGAUAUCGGUUGGGAAAGCAAUCUGCAGUAGAUAGCUUGUUAUCGACUACCUCACGCAGAUCAAAUACCAUUUUUCAAAGAUCUGGUCAUAUCAACUCUUUAUCAAAAGAUAACGCUUCCGAGAAUAUUCCAUUUUUAUCUCUUCCAACAAACCGUCGGCCGGGGACUGCUGGAAAUUGUCUUCGGCCGCGUUCAAAAUCUGCUAGUUUAUCUGGAGGACGAUUAAAUAUCGGUAUGCAAUCGAUAUUACGAUCAAAGGCGUCGAGCACAGCAGAAAUUAAUGAUAUCGGCAAACCCAAAAUCGCCAAUCUCGUCCCUGGUUGUUUUACGACAAAACAUCCGCGCAUGUCAAAAUCAGCCACUUAUGCAAGAAAGAGUACGCCUCCAUUAUUGCAUCAGAUUAAUGAAGCAACUGGAAAAACUGGCGAAUUGCGAUUGAAAAUUAGAUCAUUAACUGGUAGUACUGUAUAUUUAGUACAUGUGUUUGCUGACAAUUCGGUAGCAAAAUUAUACGAAUUACUUGAUAAAGCUAUGCAAACAUCCGGACACAGAGGAUAUAAAGUAGUGUUGAGCGGAUAUUCAUCGAAAAGAUUGGAACGUACAAAUGCAACUUUAAAGGAAAACGGUAUCAGCAAAGAUUGUGUCCUUCAUCUUGUGAAUGAUUGA